UCAUAGUUUGUUUGUAAUAAUGAUCUUGUUAAAAUUAUUGUUUAUAGUUUUGUGCAUUGUUUUUGUAAAAGCUGAUUACAAAUUUGGCAGAUCAGCAGUUUCACAUUCAUAUCCCUUUAUUGUUUCAUUGCAACAAAGAACAAAUGAUACCAUAUUUAAGUAUUGUUCAGGGGUAAUUGUUUCCGAAUCAUGGGUGUUAACAACUGCCCAAUGUGUUGAAGGACGAAACCAAGAUAAUAUAUAUGUGGUAGCUGGUGUACUUAAAGCAUACAACUUUAAUCAUAGAAACUCCCAAACUAGAAAUGUCAGCAAAAUUGUUCAAAAUCCCAAAUACAAUUUCAAAAAAGGAGAGAUACCAAAAUAUGAUUUAGCAAUGUUGAAAAUGAAUAAGCCGUUUGUAUUUCGAUCAAAUGUACAAGAUGUUACUUUAGGUAAAACACGUCAAAUAACUGGUCAGGGAGAAAUAGUUGGAUGGGGUUCUACUCAAGGUCCUGACGAUCAACACCAGUCGAAUGAUUUAUUAUUUACCAGCUUGACAGUUACAAGUUACAAUGACUGUCUAGAUUAUUACAAGGAUGUAAAAGAUAAAUUUUGCGUUGGGAAUUCAGAACAAACAGCAUGUUUUGGUGAUGGAGGUACUCCAUUCGUACAGUAUUCAGAAGAGGGGCAUGCUAUUGUUGUUGGAUUAGCUUCAGCUUCUGCAAUGCCGUGUGGAUCUAAACCAGCUCUUUACACGAAUGUGGCAUACUUCAGAAGGUUCAUUAGCAACACAAUUCUUGAAGAUGAAUAAAAAAAUCACAAUCAUGUGAAACCGCACAGAUUAAAUAGAAAACAGAGUACAGUCAAA